AAAGGUUUGGUGACCAAUCAUGGAGUCCAUAAAUAAAGUUCUUCUUAAUCAUGAUUUGAUGGUAUCCGAAAAUUUCCGAUUACUGGAACCAAAUCAUUUAUGUGAUAUUACUGAUUUCUCAGGGAGAGAGAUAGCAUAAACCCUAAACUUUAGUACCGUUCCUCCGGAUUCAGACAGUAAAAAGCGGUGACCUUAAACCCCAGGGGAGCAACUGCAAGAAGGUAGUAGUACCGGUACAACUGCUACUGCUAGUCUAUAACCUUCUCUCGCUUUCUGUCCGCAAUAAAAAUCAACCACCACCAAGACUCAACCCCCGCCUCUCUGUCUCUCAUCAUUAUCAGAGGGGUCUGACCUGAGAAGGUCACGGGGAUCUCUCCUUUCCUGACCAACUUCCGGCGACCUGCUAACGCAGAAUUUGGUGACUCAAUGGUCCCAUGUUCUUCCUCUGUCUUUUUGGGAUGACGUGCAACAGAUGCUCAACUUCUGUCCCCAUCUACCAGGAAUCCCGGUAGCUGCUCCGGCUAAAAAUAAUCCCUCGCUCCCGGUUUUUACAUAUUUCAAAACCCACAAAAAAUCCUCAGGUCAGAGACUUUCCACCUACACAGGCAGACGACGUUCUCUCCAAAUCACACCGCUACCCAUUUCAUAUCUCGACCAACAAAAGAUCAGAAACCAGAAUCCCAUCCCUUCCUCGCUUCUUGAAUCUAUCCUCCCCCUCCGGAAUCCUUUUUUCUCUGCAAAAAAAAGGAGAAAAGGGGGUAGCUCAUCCUCCCUCCCCUCCCUUCUCUUGGCCGAUUGAUGAGUGAUGGGGAUCGGACGGCGGCUGCUCGAUCCUGGUCCGACGGCGGCCAGUACGACCGACGGCAACAAGAGGCAGGCUCCCUACACAAGCGAAGCGAACUUCGACACCAACAUGGUCAUCAUCCUCGCGGCUCUGCUCUGCGCUCUCAUCUGCGCGCUCGGCCUCAACUCCAUCGUCCGGUGCGCGCUCCGCUGCGGCCGCCGGAUGUCCUCGGACGCCGGCGUUGGUGGAGACAACGCCGCAGCCAGGGCCGCCGCGACGACAGGACUCAAGAAGAAGGCGCUCAAGGCGAUUCCGGUGACGGAGUACUCCGAAACGACCAUCCCGGCGACAGAGUGCCCCAUCUGCCUGGGGGAGUUCGCCGAGGGGGAGAAGGUGCGGGUUCUACCCAAGUGCAACCACGGCUUCCAUGUACGAUGCAUCGACACGUGGCUCGGUUCCCAUUCGUCCUGUCCAACCUGCCGGAAUUCACUCCUCGCCCCUGCCGUCGCGUCCAAUGCGCCAGCCCAGGACGUGCCGGAGACCGCGGACGCCGUCAUCGAGCUCCGGGAGCUCCCCGCUCGGUUGGUCGGCUAAAGCUUCCCCGCUUUGGUCCGAGUUCCGACGGGCCUUUUGUGUUUUCUUCUUUCUUUUUUUUUCAAUUUUUGGAAAAACGACAAAACUGUGGUACUUGAAAGUGUAGAGGAUAUGAGUAGUGUACAGAUAUAUGUAUGUAUUGAAGAAGGCAAGCGAUUGUCUUUCUUGUUCA